AUGGAAGACUCUGGAGACUUAUUCAGAUUUAUACCAAAUAACCCAGAAGAAAAGAGCAGUAAAAGAUCAGCGGAUGCUAAUACACUAUAUUCAUAUAUGAAAAUACCAUCAAAAGGUACCAAAAUUAUUCGUAUUCAAAUAUAUGAUGUGGAACAAUUGCAAAAUAAUGAGGAUAAAGUAUGCAAGUGUAAUGCAAAUCUAUGUAUACAGCACGUAGUACAAAACUUGUUCCGGGAUGAUAUUUAUAGAGAUGUUACUAAAAUUAUCACUCAAAUGAAAGAACAACUAAGUGAU